GGCUUCCUGCUGAGCUCCGGCGGGUGCAAGACAGUCUCUCCUCACUGGGGCUGAGGGUUCAGAAGGCCCAGGGAGCCAUGGUGCCUGGACCGAGGUGGAGGCAACUGACGAAACCACUGCUGUUCCUGUCCUGCGCGACGCUGCUCAUCGGUUUUACCCUGCUUAGCCUAGAGCAGGACGUAACCUCCCUGGCCUUCAUCUUCCUCAUCGCCGGAGGCCUCCUCUUCCUCUCCUUCUUGCUGGCAUGCUGCGGGGACUGGUGGCAGAGACAGCAACACCCAUUGAUGCCUUCGCCCUCCACCCAAGAAACCGGACGGGACAACGCAGCCUUCGAGGUGCCAACAUACGAAGAGGCCAUGGAAUCAGGGGCUCCGGCACCUCCAAACUCGCCGGCUCUGGGGGAGCCUCCCGCUUACAGCACGCUGACCCAGAAGGAGCCGGAGGGAGGAGGGCCAGUGAGAACUCCGGGGGGGCCCGACGGGCUCGGGCGCAUCAGACGGGUGGGAUCCGAGGGCAGUAGCCUAGCCCUGCGCACCGGCCUCCAGCCCCGCGGUCAGAGGGCCGUGUCCGAUGCCUCGGCGCUGAGGGGGCCGGAGGGGCUCCCCUGGCCAGAGCCUCUCACCCCACCACCUGCCUACGGAGAGAUCGACGAUGAGGGCGACGACAGCGUUUUUUACGAAGACGCCUGGUCCCCGACCUAGACCCGCCGGCCCUGCCGGGCGUGCAGAACCGAACCGGAGCCACACCGGGGAUCCUCCCCGGGGGCACGAGGCCGUUCCAGGUGCGGCGCAGGGACCAGCCCAUCGAUGAGCCGGACACCGGUCUAGCCACUCACAG